AUGACAGAAGAAAACAAGACUCUGGUGGCAGAGUUUGUGCUCAGGGGACUUACAGAUCAUCCAGAGCUGCAGGUCCCCCUGUUCCUGGUGUUCUUGGUGAUCUACCUUACUACCAUGGUAGGAAACCUUGGACUGGUUGCUCUCAUCUGGAAGGACCCUCAUCUUCACACGCCCUUGUACUUAUUCCUCGGCAGUUUAGCCUUUGCAGAUUCUAGCACUUCAUCCUCUGUGACUCCUAAGAUGCUUAUGAAUUUUUUAUCCAAGAAUCAUGUGAUAGCCGUUUUUGACUGUAUGGCCCAAUUUUAUUUUCUUGCUUCCAGUGCAACCACAGAAUGUUUCCUCCUGGUAGUGAUGGUCUAUGACCACUAUGUCGCCAUAUGCAACCCCUUGCUUUAUCCGGUGGUGAUGUCCAAUAGCCUCUGUACUCAACUGAUAGGUGUUUCAUAUGUUACUGGUUUUCUGCAUUCCAUAAUUCAUGUGACUUUGUUACUUAGAUUAACUUUCUGCAGAUCCAAUGUAAUACAAUAUUUCUAUUGUGAAAUUUUACAACUGUUCAAAAUUUCUUGCACUGAUCCUACAGUUAACAUAAUCCUGGUUUUAAUUUUUUCAGCCUUUAAAUUUUUCAGCUUUACUUUUGUGACCAUCAUAGUUUCUUAUACCUGUGUCCUCUUUGCCAUUCUGAAAAAGAAGUCUGAAAAGGGCAGAAGCAAAGCCGUUUCCACGUGCAGUGCCAAUCUGCUCUCUGUCUCUUUGUUCUAUGGCACUCUCUUCUUCAUGUAUGUGCGUCCUGGGUCUGGUCCAGCUGUAAAUCAGGACAAGAUGUAUUCUUUAUUUUACACAAUAGUAAUUCCCCUUCUAAAUCCUUUUAUUUAUAGCCUGAGAAAUAAAGAGGUUGCAGGUGACUCGAGAAGAAUAACGAAGACAUAAAUUGUCAGUCAGUUUUCAAACAUUUUUCAGAGCAUUGGAAAAUGCUCUGCCUUUUCAACAGGUCUCUGCGUGAAGGAGCUCAGCUUCUUACACUGUUUACUUGAUUA